UGGAAUUACGUCUGUCAUGAAGGAAAAUCGUUUAAUGUUUUUAGUAGUUUUAUGCGGUGAAGACCUGUGAGGACGACAUUCAAAGUAGUAAACUUGAUUGCAUCGUUGUUUGACCAAUGAUUGCUUGGAAAGUGUACUGAAUCUGCGGAGAAAUUAGCGAAAAAUGGAGGACUGCAGCGAAGAGCAACUGACUGAGGAGUUGAAAACCAAACGGAUUUGUCGGUUCUGUCUCAGCCAAGAAGAGCCGCUUACUGAUAUUUUAUCCAACACCUCCGAGGCCACAAGCAGCAAAAUAAGCAAAACCUCGACGCCUCUGACGUUGCAGAUAAUGGCUUGUGUUUCUAUUGAGGUGUACAAAGAUGAUGGAAUGCCUUGCACUAUUUGCGACAACUGUCGCCAUCUGAUGGAUCAUUCUUAUCGAUUUAAACAAAUCUGCAAAAAGGCUGAUACACUGUUGAAAACGUAUCCACUUACAGGGGUGUGGCCGGAGAAGCUGCAAGUCCCCGUUAAUCUUUUUAAGUCAAUGCCUGCGACAACUAGUAAGCAACCGAUUCGUCACCUUUCAGUAUCAGAAAAAGCUGCACACAUUUCAGGAGGAAUUAAAUCGUCUUCCAAUGUGCCCAUGCCAAUGUUCGAAUCAAUAAACAUCCAGCCGUCGACCGACGAUCACCUCGUUCAGGAAACCAACGAGGCACCCUUACAAAUUGAACGUAUGGAAGAAGACGUUAAGCCAAAAAUUGUAAAAUUAAGUAUUGAAGAUUUACGCAACAUAAAACAAGGCAGAUCAAUUAACAGCGACAAUCUUAUUCAUAAAAUGCCACAUGGUUUCAAAUCCGAAGGAAAUGUUUCCAAGCAGUAUUCUAUUGCUAAUAAACCUAUUGAAAAGCGGUCACCGGUAAAGAUAAUAAACGGUAGCUUGGGUGCCGCGAGUAAAACACCAGUAAUAUUGAAUAGCAUGAAACCACCCAACAAAAUGGAAGAACAUAUUGUCCAAACCAGUGACGGAACGCUGGAGAUUGUGUGCAUAGAAUCUUCCCUAGAGCAGACCACGGAAGUGGAUCCUAUGAAAAAUGCUCCACAUGUCGAGACUCACGUGUUCCCCUGUACUGAAUGUGAGCGAACUUUCCCAUUGCGUCAGCUGUUAGAAAUUCACAUAAAGAAUCACAGUCGAGAACGUAACCAUCCGUGUGAAAUGUGCGAUCGGCGCUUUUUUACUAAAUAUGAUCUGUCAAAGCAUAUGCUCACUCACACGGGCGAACGACCGUUUAUUUGCAUCAUCUGUAAAGCAGCAUUCUCCAGAUCGACUCUUCUGACUCGUCACCAAAAGAUACAUAAAGACCAGCCGAAAUUCUUGUGCAUGUAUUGCGAGCGGACGUUUCUAUCGAACGAGGAUCUGCAAAAGCAUUUCGAGUAUCAUCAAAAGAAACGACCGUUUCAGUGCCAGAAAUGUUCCAAGAGUUUCGCUUACAAGCAAGGCCUUGAACGGCACGAAGUUACUCAUGAAACGAACCUUCCAUUCCCUUGUGAGCACUGUGAGUUAUCGUUUCCAUCGGCUAGUAAACUGGCACGACAUUUGACGGCCCAUGCGGGAUCACGUCCCUAUCCGUGUCGCAUGUGUUCGAGUUCGUUUAUGUUGAGUCAUCAUCUGACGAGGCACGUGCGGGCGCACCAAGGCGGCAGAGGUACAUACAAGUGUAACGAAUGCACCUCCAUUUUCGACAAUCAGGACGACCUGAUCUAUCAUUCGGCUGAACACGCGACGAAGAGUUUAACAUGUCCUUUGUGUCGCGAACAUUUCGAAAGCCUGGAACAAGUUACGGAGCACAUCAAGGAACAUUCGGAGGGCAUUCAGUUUGCAUGCGAUUACUGUGACUUGCUGUUUACUACCGAGCAGAAGUUGAAUUAUCACUGUCAGCUGGAGCACUUGGCUGUUCUGGCAAUGGACCGUACGGAAACAAAUGAGAAUGUCACGGAUGAGAACGAUGCUUCUCAACAGUUUAUAAUCGAAGAAAUUUCGAUAGAAAAGGAUGGUAGCAAAACUAUAACAACCUUUGUCGAUGGAGAAGAGAAAGAGAAGAAGUAUGUCCAAAAAAGGCCGAGUCAAACAUUAAAACCAGAAAUUGCUUCACCGGAUUAUACCGAACGUACUAAUAAAGACCUUAGCGAGCAAGCAUUUGAGGCAGACGACCAUAGUGGAGAGUAUUAUGAAGAAGAAUUAGACGAAGAUUUUGAGGAACAACCUGAAACUACAUUAAUAAAAAAUGAAAAGCAAGAGAUUUUGAACAACCCAACUCCCGUUCCAGUAACCAAGACGGAACCCUCGAUAAUCUCGAAACCAUCUGAAGUUUCACCUCCUAAACCCACGCAGCAAAAGCUGAAUACUUUCUUGAAAAAUAUUCCACCUCCAAUCACCGCGCAGAAAAGUGUUGGAGAUGUCUUAAAAAAUCUGCCCAAAGGAAUGAUCGUUAAGCGUCCGAACGCCGCUCCUCCGGCAACUUCUUCGACUAUAAUGGAGACCAAAGCAGAAGUAUCGCUACCGGCCGCAACACAUGUGGAGGUAACACAACCGUCAGCAGCUUCAACAUCUCAAUCGACCACAGUUCCGAAGAAACAAAGUAUGCAACCGCAAAAACAAUUUCAGCACGCUCCGUUAGUUACUAGCACCCCUUCGAAACCCGCUGAGUUCAGAAAACCAGGAGUUGCCAUCAAGCGUCCCGCUGAUGAAUCGCGGUCACUUUCUCCUGUCAAGAAGCCAGCACUGGAAUCCGGAAAGCCCGUUGCCAGCGCUGCUAGUUCAACAACGAAACCGCAAACAAACACAGUGUCGAAACCGCCUGUCAAGAAAUCUAAAACUUUCGAGAUGAAGAUUGGUGAUCGAAUGGUUAAGGUUCAGAAAGUUGUAAUGACCAAAGCAGAAGUAGCGGCUAUGGCGCGCGACGGCAAAAUCGAAAUGCAAGGUGAUAAAAUGAUCCUGAAGCAGAGUAAGCCCAAAAAGUAGGUGAGUUGAGGCAGGAUAUGAUAGUUGUAUAUAUAUAGUUGGUGGAGAGCACCAAUCAGUAAUACUAAAAUGAUAUAACUAUA